CUCGAGUGAGAUCAGCGGAACUUACAGCAGGAGAGAUUUAACUUCAAUAGAUUUACUUUAUUGCAUCACAUUAUGGCUGGAAACAAUGAUGAUUCUGUUGACCGCUUCGUAAAAGAUUACAUCAGUAUGCUGGAGAAAUGCUUUAAGAAAUGCAUUCACAGUACUAAUGUAUCGGAACUGACUCACAUGGAGAUCAAUUGUGUUAAAAAAUGCAUUGCAGACCAACUGAAAGAAUCAGAGAAGUCAAAAAACAAGAAAUCAUGGGAGCCUAAGAAGAAACCUACAUGUUGUGUGUCUUAGAAAGUGUGGCAUUAAAUAAAUAACUUUCUACAUUUUAUUCUACUUCAUUCGCACAUGUGUAUAUGGAAGUUUGAGCAGACAGUACGUUACGUAGUUA